AUGUUUUGUUAUAUAUUUGUAUUGCUUUUUAUGAAUUGUAUGAAUAAUUGUUGGUGUUUGGAUGUGAAUUUUCGCAAAUUUUAUGGCGCACAACUCGAACCGUUUCAUACGCAAAUGCAAAAACGUGAAAUGACACAAUUUUUCGAUAAAGCUGCCUAUUCCUUUAAUGGUCUCGAGAAAAUCGCGUCGGUGCCCGUUUCCUUCCCAAUUGAUAUUUGUAUACUCCCUUUGGAAGAUGUAAAGUAUGCAGCAUCGUUACAUAAAACCAAAAAUGGUGUACGGCAUUUUACAGUAUACAAAAAUGUGAAUCAAAACUACCACGAACUGUACAAUAUUGCUACGCCCAAUGCCAUCGCAAUGGAUUGCAAAGCGAUCGGCUCCAAGGGCUACAUCGCAUUGGCGUUGAAUAUCACCCAAGUGAUUGAGAACGCACGAGAUGGCUCACCGAUCUACGAACUCACCGCCGACGAUCGACUGCGAGCUGUACAAUUCUUUGCCGCUACACAUUUAUAUUCGGUUUAUCUACGCACCUCAGCCAACGAUUUGUUUAUGUUGCAAACAUUUCGUAGCAGCAACGAAAAAGCCAGCCCACACUGUCCCUACUACAAGUGGUCGGGCACAUCGUUCACCCUACUCGCACGCAUUCCAUGUAGCAAUGCACGUCACGUUGAACCAUUUGCCAUUAACUUUGAAAACUAUGUGGCCUUAGCGAAUUAUGCCGAUCAAACGGGUCGCACCACAACACAUUCAGAAAUCUAUAAAUUUAAUCGCGAAAAGAAAAAAUUCGAGCUCGUGCAGAAGAUACGCACCCAUGGGGCGGUGGAUGUGCGAUAUUUUAGUGCACCGUUGGAUGAGGUGAAACGACGUCACUUUCUAGUUUAUGCAAAUUCGGUCGACACGAGGAAGACUGGCGGUGGAGAUGCUAAUGAAGCGGAUUCAAUAUUUUAUCUCUUUGAUAAGGGACAAUUUGUGCCUUAUCAAAGUUUGUCAUUAUAUGCGGUAGAACAGUUCUUGCCUGUACAGAAUGUAGAUGCUGAAAAAUUUUUGCUACUCAUUGCCAGUAAGGAUCAGGAUACGAAAAUUUAUAAUCUGAACGAUUGGAAGUUCGAGCCUUCUAAUGUGCAGUUCACCGAAGGUGCAUUGGGGCGAGGCGUAUCAAAAAUGCGAAUUCAUCAAGAGGAUGACAAGAGCUACUUAGUAAUCGCAAAUGAAAAGAUGAACGAAAAUGACACAAACAUUUUUCUACCGAUCUUCAAGCAAGAUGAGCAUGUAAAUUCUUUGCGGCAGCAGAUCAUCGAUUGGACUAAAACGCAAAUAGAGCGUUUGGCGCAAAUCGAUGUCAAUAAGCUAAAAACUGAAGUAGAGCAAAAACUCGAACAAAGUCAACGCCUAAAUGUCAAAAUGCAAGUACAAGACAUUCCCCAGGCGGAUAUACAAACUGUGAAUACCAAUUCAUUCGUUUAUCCGAAAUAUCAUUUCACCAGCCACUAUUGGCAGGCAUUGAAUUUCGCUACCCAAGCAGUUGAUGGUCUAGAAGUCUUGCUCAAGUCACCUACUGCAGCAAAACGCUUCAGACGCGCCACCACCCCAACUGAGCCCAUUAAGGAAUUUGACACCAUUAAAGUCGGCACACUUAUUGUUAAAGAGGACUUAAAUGCGUACCAAGUGAAUGGCGUCGAUGCAGCUGAGCCCACUUUUGAGCGCGUCAACGCGAAAAAAGUGCGUGUAACGGGUAGGUAUCAAGCUGCUGAACGUACGCCAACCGAAAAUGUGGCAAUGACGCCGGCCACCACUAUUGUGGUACCCACACUAGCAGCAAAACACCUGCAAAUCAAUGGUACUUUGAAUAAGCAUAAAUGGUAUGAUUUGCUAAAUAAUACGUUGAAGCGUGAUGGAGUGCAAUUUGUGAACCAGCCAGCUCAUAUAGUCAACCUAGUUGCGGAAUCUGUGCGAGUGUUGGGAGAUGAAAUUAAAGGCAAAAAUUUGCACGAACUGAUAUCAAUCGAUGGUGGCGACAGCGUUAUUGUGGUGAAUCAGUCAGUAAUCUUUGAAGAGCCUGUCAAAGCUAAAGAGCUGUUAAUACAUGAGCGCUUAAAUCACAUAAAAGUGCAUCAGGAAAAGUUGGAUGUGCUGCUGAAGCGUACAAAUGCGACACAAGUGGUGGAGGGUGCAAAGAGAUUUGAGAAUGUGCGCAUAUUGCAGCCGAUCGAAAUGGUGGUAAGUGAAGGGGGUCAAACACUGGGCCCACGUUUACAGGCAUUGGCUUCGCAACAGAUUGUGCACGGCAAUUUCAUCCUUAAUGGCGAUUUUACUAUCAAAGGCGACGCAAUCGUUGCAGACUUUCUAAGCGUCAACGACUUAAUAGAUCAAAGUUCUCAAAUGAGCACCAAGCAGACACUUCUGAAUGGACUCGAUAUUACCCAACCCUUGGAGGAUAUAAAUAUUAAGUUCGAGCAGCCGUUGGAAGCAAAUAACACUCUACUAACAUUUGUCAACGCAAUCGAUAUGCAACAGCUCAUCAAAACGAACUUCAGUGACUUGCAAGUAAUCGAGGGUGAAAAGCAUUUCAACCAGACGCUGGUAGUGCGCGAAGGUUACAUUGAAGUGAAAUAUUUGAAUGGCGUAGAUACUGAAAAUUUGACUGAACAUUUGCUAUUGAAGAGCGCAAACCAGAGCAUCCAAGUACCAAUGUAUUUUGGCAAGAUACAGACUCCAAGUAUUAUAGCACACAAUCUAACGUUGAGGGAUAAGCCACUUGAAGUAUUUGUUACGCGCGGCGAACAACAGCAUAUGCCCAUGACACUUAGUGUGGCAGAAUUAAGUGCGCAAACAUUGAAUAUUGAACAACUGCAUACCAGUGGACGCAUUUGUGGCAAAUCAGUAAUCUCAGAACACGAACAACCACUAAUAGCGCAAUUAUUAUCUAAUGUGACUAAAUACAGUGAUUUAUUGCCACCAGGACAGAAAUUUAGAAACACCAUAGUCGUAGACAAUUUACUCUUGGGCAAUGGCAGUGUUAAUGGACGUAAGGUGCAAGACAUAGAGAAGCAGCUACAGCAUCUAAAUGCUGAUAUACAGUUGGAAGGAAAUCACAAAUUCAACUAUGAUAUGAAUAUCAGUCAAUUAACGUUCCAGGGAAAAUUCAAUGAUAUACCUGCGGAAGAAUUUGGGCGUUGCUGGUUGCAGAAAAGUGGCGCGCAAAUGUUUACUGCACCGCAAAGUUUUUCUGAUGUAAAUUGCCUGGAGGGAGUGCAACUUGAGGGUUCACUUAAUGGACGUGCGCUAGAUGAUUUCACUUUGAAGGCCUAUUGGAUAAAUCGAGAUGAAUUUAUUAAUACAAUGGAAUUCCAAAAUCCCAUUCAAAUGCAAGCGCCACUUAGCACAUCCACUCUAAAUGGCGUACAUGUACCGCUGGAUAUAAUCUACGCUAACUCCUCUGUACCACAAAUUAUCUACGCCAGCGCUUCAAUUCAUGGACAACUUAAUGUAAUUGGCUCUGGCGCUAUUUGCAAUGUCUCCACAUUGAAUGGCAUGCACCUGUUGAAGUUACAACAAUUUCUCAAAGCUGGUGGUGCUGAUACUUUGCAUGUGGAACAUGCUAAUUUUGCGCAGACUCCACUUUAUCACAGUUUAAACCAUCACGAGUUGGCAAUAUUGCUGGAUAGAGUUUGGCUUGCCAAUGAAAAUGUGCGCCUGAGCCAGCAUGUGGAGUUGGCUAAUACGACUUUUGAGGGUCUGUUAGAAUUUGAGGGUUUAGUAAACAAUAUAAAUUUGCAUUAUUUGAAAGACAACUACUUGAGCUUAUCACGACCACAAGAAAUUGGUACAGAACUGAUUCUCGCUAGUGAGGCAAACUUUGAAGGUGAUUUGACUGCUAAUAACGUACAGCUGGAGGGAUUGCUUGUGGAAAGUAGCAGCAAUUUAAGUACAAAUUUCGAUGAAUUCGUUGGAAAUACACUGAAAACAGAUGGCCCCCAUGAAGUGCUCGCAGCCUGGAGCCUACUAAGCGCGCUUAUACAGGGUGAUAUUGAAAAUGUACAAAUAAACAAUUUAAAUUUGGUUCAAGAUGUAGUGCGUUUGGAUAUACCUUCUGCCCCCAUAACAGCGCCAAAGCGUUUAACUGCGGCCAGUAUUGAAAAACUAUAUUCUGAAAUUAGCAGUACUAUAAAUGCUGUACCAAUCGUUGAUUGGAUUAACGGCGCGGUAUACAUACACGGGAAUCACACGAUAAAUGGUACAACUUUUCUUGAUACCGUCAACAUGUACAAUGAUUUAGGCGUAUUAGGUGCCAUUAAUAGUAUUGCGAAUUUUGGCGAAAAAACAUUAUUGUUGCGAAAUCUUCCGCAAACGUUGCACGGCGAUGUACACAUCAAUAAUUUCUUUCCCAAGGAUAGACGCAUAUUAAUGAAUAAUUUUGAAAAUUUGCGCGCCAAAAGCAUCAAUGGACAACAAAUCGAUAUGUUCUAUAAGCAGCACGCAAAGUCGUCCAGUGAGAUUACGAUUCAGGGGAGUUUGGUGUUCUUGCAGCCAUUAGUCGUGCAGGACUAUCAUAAUCAACCUGUAAGUGAAUUAAAAUGGAAACGAAAUUCAUCAUCAGUUGUUGAUGUUCUAAACACGAACAACCAGCAAAUGAGCGAGAUGCCCAGCUGGAAAACAAUGCUUACGAUGGUGCAGCAGUUGAAACAGUCACUCGAUACACCCUAUUAUCUCUUGGACAAAUUUAUUAUUCGUCAAAAACUAUCAAUUAAUGCAACAAAAAUAGUACCUCUUAAAAUAAGAGAGGGGCAUGGUCAAACGCUGGAUGUUAUAGCGGUUGUUGAUAAAACAAAUGCGACUAUGCCUUUACAUUACUAUGAAUGGUCAAUACAGGAAAAACAAUUUCAACCCAUUCAAGAUUAUUCAUGGCUACCAAAAGAGGAAACGCUUGACUUGGUAACUUUUAUCUCUAGCGAAUUCAACAACGGAUUAAAUUUUGCUGUAGUGAAUAAAACAUCUCCACCUUACCUCUUAUCGAAUCUGAAGUCAGUUUUAGGCAAUUUACUACAGGGCGAGCAACACAACAUAAAACUGACAUUUCUCACAAUAAACGGCGAACGCUGCUUUCUACCACAUCCGGUAACAAAAAGUGUCUUAAACAAAAUAUUUUGUCUUAAAAAGGAAUUUGAGACGCGAAUAGUUGUUUACGAAAAGUUCGUUAUACCCAGGAAAGAUAUUAGAGAGGUACUGCAAGUAUCACCGAAUAAAAUAGUGCUCCUGCUAUCCGACUGCGUUGAGAUAUGGAGAAUAGAUCCAAGUUUCGAGGUUCUAAAACGUCUGCCAUUUUCCAAGGCAGCUAAAAUAGCAACCGGCGCAUUAAACAAUACUGUUUUCUUAGCAGUACAAACCGAAAAGGAACCCAACAGCUUACAUUGCAACACUCUGGAAAUUUAUAGCUCUAUUAAUUCAGCUCAUUUUGAACGUCUGCAAAGUUUGGAUUGUGUGGACCCGCUACAGUUUUCGUUUAGCAAUGUCACAGCAACUGGGGACUUAUUGCUGUAUAUCUUGAGUCGUACUACUGAAGCGCCAUUAACAAUAUAUCAAUAUAAAGGUGUUUUGGGUUUCAAACAAAUUUUGGGUUCGACCUCUCUCCCAGCAAUGCAGUCGCACAAGGUGCUGCAUUUGGAAAAUGCAACUAAAUCAAUGAUUGUGUUAAUGCGAGAUGGAGAUUUGACAUUUGUGGAAAUUGGUUUGAGAAAAUUUUGAAAAAAAAGUAUACAUAGUAAAUUAAAUAAAGAAUUCCAAAUAUUUAGAAAUUUUGUAAAUAAAAUAUGAAUAUAUGUAGCCUAAAAUAAA